AACAGGUUAGAGAGAGAGAGAGAUAUAUAUAGAUAAGAGAGAUUUUAUUUUUGCUCAGAUCUGUUCAUUACUGCUAUUACUUGAUAAUCCAAUGUUCUUACAUCCUUAAUCAGUCAAUUAAACAUAGAAUUCCUGCUUUUUCAUUGGUUAUUAUGAGAUUCUGCCCUAAGACCUUUUAGGGCUUUGGAUUUGGUAUGGAUCCAAAGAGGACGAGAAACUCGCCCGAGUUACUGGACUCAUCCGAGUCCACUUGCCUUUCCCCAUUCCCAGAUGAGGUACUGGAAGCAGUACUCUCCCUCAUGGAGUCACACAAAGACAGAAGCUCAGUCUCGCUCGUGUGCAGAGACUGGUACAACGCCGAGCGUUACACCCGGUCCCAUGUGUUCAUCGGAAACUGUUACUCGGUGUCGCCGGAGAUCGUGGGCCGGAGGUUUCCAAGGAUUCGGAGUGUGACCCUGAAAGGAAAGCCCAGGUUUUCGGAUUUCAACCUCGUGCCGGAGAAUUGGGGGGCUGAUGUUCACCACUGGCUGGUUGUGUUUGCUAUGGUUUACCCGUUUUUAGAAGAGUUGAGGCUCAAGAGGAUGACUGUUACUGAUGAGAGCUUGGAAUUGUUGGCAUAUUCCUUCCCCAAUUUCAAAGCUCUUUCGCUGUUGAGUUGUGAUGGGUUCAGCACUAAUGGCCUUGCUGCCAUUGCCUCACAUUGCAAGAACUUGACUGAGCUUGACAUUCAGGAGAAUGGAAUGGAGGAUAAUGGAGGAGGUUGGUUAAGUUGCUUUCCUGAAGACUUCACAUCAUUAGAAGUACUAAACUUUUCCAGCCUGCACAGUGAUGUUAGUUUUGAUGCCCUAGAGAGACUUGUAUCUAGGUGCAAGUUGUUGAGGGUUUUGAAGGUCAAUAGGAAUGUCAACUUGGAACAAUUACAGAGGUUACUUUUAAGGGCUCCUCAGUUGACAGAGCUUGGUACUGGCAGCUUUCAACAAGAACUGACAGCACGCCAGUUUGCGGACAUUGAAUUUGCAUUCAGUAAAUGCAAAAAUCUGCAAUCCCUCUCAGGUUUAUGGGAAGCUACGUCCCUCUAUCUCCAUGUUAUUUUCCCAGCCUGUGCUAGUUUGACUUUCUUGAAUUUGAGCUACGCGACUCUGCAAAGUGCUGAACUUGCCAAGCUUCUUUGUUACUGCCCAAAUCUACGGCGGCUCUGGGUCUUGGACACAGUGGAGGACAAGGGACUGGAGGCCGUUGGGUCCACCUGCCCCUUGCUUGAGGAAUUACGUGUCUUCCCAGCAGAUCCCUUUGACCAGGAUAUCCACCAUGGCGUGACCGAAUCAGGUUUUGUCGCUGUGUCUCGUGGAUGUCGCAAACUCCUGUAUGUCCUCUACUUCUGCCGCCAGAUGACUAACGCUGCGGUGGCCGCUAUAGUUCAGAACUGCCCGGAUUUCACCCACUUCCGCCUCUGUAUAAUGAACCCACGCCAACCAGACUACCUAACCAAUGAACCCUUGGAUGAGGCCUUUGGUGCAGUGGUGAAGACUUGCACUAAGCUUCAGAGGCUUUCAGUUACAGGCCUCUUGACUGAUCUGACAUUUGAGUACAUAGGAAAGUAUGCCAAAAAUUUGGAGACCCUCUCGGUGGCUUUUGCCGGAAGCAGUGACUGGGGGAUGGAGUGUGUGUUACGAGGUUGCCCUAAGCUGAGGAGGCUUGAGAUAAGAGACUGUCCGUUUGGGAAUGCAGCACUUCUUUCCGGAUUGGAGAAGUACGAAUCAAUGCGAUCUCUGUGGAUGUCCUCAUGCAAUGUGACAUUGAAUGGGUGUAGACUACUGGCAACAGGAAUGCCAAGGUUGAAUGUUGAGGUGAUGAAGGAGGAUGAGAGUGAUGAACUUGCUGAUAAAGUUUAUGUGUACCGAUCUGUUGCGGGUCCCAGAAGGGAUGCUCCGCCUUUUGUUCUCACAUUGUGAAGAUUAACAUAUGUUGGUUUCAUAUUGGGCAUUGGAUUAUGACUUCCGAGUCAAAAAAAGCAAAAAUGGAGAUAAAAUGUGGAAAGAAAGAGACUUGUCUCCAGAGAACUAAAGAAGCAGGAUGGAAGAAAGGAAACUUAUGCCUCUGCACUCUGCAGCCUCCAAAGGCAGUGACAGGAAAGAAAGAUUGUACCUUCACAGUCUCCAGGCGUAGAAUUUGCCUCAGCUUCUGGAUUAGCUGCAUUUUUCGAAAGCAAUCAUGGCAUGUCCCAAGCACAUCACCAGCAGCAUUGGGGCCCGGCCCCAGUCCGCGUGUCAAGAUCUUGCAUGGAACAAACGUACGCAGAAAAUUUGAGUUGACAUCUCCUUGAAGUGGUAAAAGCAUGAGGAUGGAUGAGUUUCAAAUGUUGCUUUUGGGGGGCUGAAUUAAUGAAAGAAAAAAUACAAUACAAGAGAAUAGGAAAAGAAAAAAGAAGCUGCCCGUAUUGGUGUUCUGGAUUUAUGCAGUGGCCGUUGUUGAGAAUUUUAACAUCAGCAUUCCAGGAAUGCGGGUAUGAUCAAGCGGGAGCCUCUAGAUGUUGUAUGAUUUGUCUGGGAGAUUCAAAGUAGUAUUUAGCAGUGGUGUGUCCCUGAAGUUCAUUUCUGGUUCUCUGCUAAGAUGAGGAAUGUGACACCCGUGUUUUAAAACAUUGCCUAAUUACGGAAUUGUUCAUGAAAUCUUUUGGUUUUUUGCUUGGUCUCAAA